AUGGAUGGAUCUCCCAGCACAAGUUCGCACUCGCGACGAUCAACUCGAGAUCGUAGAGCGAGAAGAUGGACGAAAGGUGUCCUUUUCAACAGAAACUACCAAGAAAGCUACAGAAACGCUGACUGUCUCAACGGUGAACGAGGCAUAGCGCAAUUGGUGUCAAGCGUCAACCAUCACCACGCACCGUCCACCCUUACAUUCACCCCUCGUCCGCCUGUUCCUGAGCCUGUUACGUCGCCUAAAAUUGCAUCCUCAGCACCUCCUGACGCUGCGGUGAGGUGUCCGAAGUGGUCUGGGGGAGUUCGAGGCGGUGCAGGCCGAGUGGAGUUGCAAUGGUGGGAGAACUUCAUGGCAGGAGCGUCGGCGUCGCUGAUUUCGAAGACCAUUCUGCAGCCGUUCGACACCACGCGCACCAUCCUGCAAGCCUCCAAGAAAGUUCGUGGAAGCUACAACAAUCUGUGGGAGUGUGCGACAGGAAUCGUACGCACAAAGGGGUUUCCUGCUCUCUACACCGGAUUGAUGGUGUCAAUUGCAGUUUCCGCCCCGUCCUCCGCCAUCUUCCUCACAGCCUAUGAGCAGGCCAAGCGGGCAGCUGAAGAUGCCAUAAACGCUCUCACAGGUUUCCGUCCCUUAAAGCUAAGGGAGCGAGGUAGCACAAAUAGAGUGCCAGGAGAAUCACUGCCUGGAUUGAGUGUUGGUUCUGGGGAAUGGCAUGUUGAUGGGUGGUGGAAUGAGGAGAGACGAGCGCGGGCGCGAUCGGUGCUCCUCCCUGCAGCACCAGCCCUGGCAGCAGUGGCCGGGAAUGUGAUGUCGAGCCUUGUGCGGGUGCCGCCAGAGGUGGUGAAGCAGCGGGUGCAGGCAGGGCAGUUUGCCGGGCUCCUUGCUGCUGUCACCAGUAUGUGGAGGGCGGAAGGGCUGUCUGGGUUCUACACCGGAUACUCCACCAUGGUGGCUCGGGACAUUCCCUAUGCAGCCAUACAGUUCACGACCUUUGAGACGCUCAAGCGCAGGCGAGAGAAAAUCCUUGCAGCACGGGCUCUGGCUUCCAGUGAGGCCAGCAAAGGUGGCUCCACAGGUUUGCCAUGUUCAGCGGGCUCAACAGGACAAGGGAGCAAGUCUGUGGCAGCUCGCCAGUUGUCACAAGGCGAAUUGCUUCUCAGCAACAUGUGGAUUGGAGCUAUGGCAGGGGCCAUGGCCACCAUAUUCACUUCCCCCUUGGACGUUCUCAAGACGCGGGUGAUGACUCAGGAGGUUUUACCAGGUCAAGCAUACCUAGGCACCAGAGAAAUGCUUGCAAAAGUGUGGGCUGAAGAGGGAAUUGUGGCGUUCGGCCGAGGAAUGACACCCAGGUUGCUCUACAAGGUUCCAUCGUCCGCUGUUUUCUUGGUUAGUUAUGAAGCAAUGCGGCGGAUUUUGGUUACAGCACGACGACAACACGACACACUACGUUGGAAUAAUAAUUAG